ACAUCAGCCGUCACUAUGCGUCUCAACACUCUUUCCGUUCUUAGUUUCAUCUCUGCUGUUGCCGCCAUGCCUUCGGCUUUCGGCAACUCCAAUGGGUGGGCCAACAAGGGCAACACCGACGUCGACUGGUCAGUGCCUGACGGUAUGACCGUCCACGAAGCGCAGGCCAAGUGCGGUAACCAGGCCCAGCUCUCUUGCUGCAACAAGGCUAGGUAUGCUGGAGACACUACCGACGCCGAGAAGGGUAUCCUCGCAGGUGCCUUGAGCAACCUGAUCAGCGGUGGCUCUGGUGCGGACGGCCUUGGCCUUUUCGAUCAGUGCUCGCGUCUGGACCUUCAGAUUGGCCUCCUCAUUCCGGUCCAGGACCUGGUCAAGAAGAAGUGCCAGCAGAACAUUGCCUGUUGCCAGGGCUCUGGUGCCGACGCGGAUCACGAUCUGGUUGGCGCUGGUCUACCUUGUGUGGCUCUUGGUGCCCUGAUUUAA